GACAUCUUUCGUCCUAGCUCUCACUUGACAAUGAACUGGACUGAACAUCGUAAUCCGGAAGGGCGCACUUAUUGGUUCAAUACUGUCACAAAGGAGAGUGUCUGGGAGAAACCUGAUGAACUCAAGACUCCCUUUGAGCGUGCUUUGAACCAAACGAAAUGGAAAGAGUAUUUCUCGGGCGGGCGCAAGUACUAUUAUAACACCGAAACAAAAGAGUCAAAAUGGGAUAUGCCUGAUGAAUUGUUACUAGUGCUCGAGAAAGUAGAGAAAGAAGGAACCGCUGCGCCGGCCACGGCAAUUCCCACCCCUGGCGCUAUCACAGCACCCGGAUUCACACCAGUAACAGGCACCUCGAGUUCCACGCCCACAUCUACUGCGCCAGCCAUAGCGGAGAAUGAGAACGCAGGGCUGGGACUUGCUGUAGGAGCUCACACAGGUGGAUUACCUCUUGCAUCUUCCACAGUACUGCCAGCUCGCCCAAAUCUCCCUGACGAUCCGGUCAUCCCUCAUAAUGGAUUUGCCACAGUCGAAGAAGGAGAGAAAGCAUUCACUCACUUGUUAAAGAAAGCUGGUGUCGAUGCGAAUUGGACCUGGGAACAGACAAUGCGAGCCAUCAUCACUGAUCCGUUGUACAAAGCUCUGAAUACAUUAGCUGAGAAGAAGAGCGCGUUUGAGAAAUACACUACCAGUUUGAGGGUGAAAGAGGCCGAAGAAAAAGAGGCUAGACUUGCCAAGCUACGCCCUGCCAUUCGAAACAUGUUGAGAGGAAACCCGAACGUGUUUCACUAUUCAACCUUCGUCACUGCAGAUAAGCUGUUUUCCCAACAUCCCAUUUGGCAGCAGGCAAAAAUUGAGUCUGAGCGUAGACUGAUCUUUGAAGAAUACGUUACUGAGCUUAAACAACGAGAAAUGCAAGAAAGCCGCGCUGCUCGUGCCAGAAGUGUAGCCAAAGUUGUCAGAAUUUUCAAAGAAAUUGAAGUUGAUGCUCUUACGCGCUGGUCUACGGCAUACAAACACCUGACAGAAACACAAGAAUGGGCCGAAGACCUAGAAUUACAGGCGCUACCUCGUCUCGAUAUCCUGCUCGCUUUCGAGGAUUAUAGUAGGGUGAAGGAACGUGAGAUUGAUGACCAGAUGCGACGCGAACAGGUACAGAAAACUCGGAGGGAACGCAAAGCUCGCGAAGCCUUCAAGGGUCUGUUACAAGAAUUAAUAGAGUCUGGCACAAUCAAAGCUCGAACGAAAUGGAAGGAAGUUUACCCAUUAUUUAAAGACGAUGAAAGAUAUCUCAAUAUGCUCGGUAUUCCUGGUUCCAACCAACUCGAGCUGUUCUGGGAUGUUGUCGACAACUUGGAUCAGAAACUGGGUGCUAAGAUUGCUGUUGUUACGGAUGCAAUCAACAGGAAUGCUGCGAAGACCCGUGAUGGAAAGGAAGAUGGGACUCCAAAGCCCUUUACCGUCACCCCAGAGACGACUGAAGCAGAAUUCCUCGCUGUUGUGAAAGGUGCUGCUGACGAAGAAGUGAAAAACCUUUCACAGGAUGAUUUACAUAUAGUCUUUACCACUUUACUUGAUUCAGCUUUGAAGAAACAAGCGGACGAAAAGCGAAGAGCAGAGAGACGUCUACGCCAUUUACAAGAUGAUUUACGGUAUGCGUUAAGGAAGCUUCCUGAGCCGUUGGAUCUGAAUUUGACAUACGAAGCGGCUGUUCCUCUUAUGGAACAUUUACCCGAGUAUAAGGCAAUUGAAGAUGAAGAAGGCAGACGUACCGCUUUCGCUAAAUUUGUCAAAAGACACAAGGAACGUCUUCGAGAGGCUGCGAUAUCUGAGGAUGGUGGUUCGACUACGAGUCGCAGGCGUAAAGAACCUGCUCGGGAAGACCGGGAUCAUCGAGACAGGGAUAGAGACAGAGACAGAGACAGAGACAGGGACAGGGACAGGGACCGGGAUCGCGACAGAGACCGCGAUAGAGAACGUUCGUAUCGGGAUAAAGGGAAAGACCAUGAGAAGGACAGUAGGGACUCGAGGCAUUAUCGGCAUGAUGAACACGAUCGUACCCGUCGUUCGUCUCGAAAUGACUAUGACAGAGAAAGGGACAAGGAGCGGGACAGAGACUAUAGAUCCUCCAGGCACGGGCGGGACGAUAAAGAUGAUCGUAGACGGGAACGGGAACGAGACAAGGACAAGGAAAAGGACAAGGACAAGGAUAAGGACAAAGAUAAGGACAGAGAUAGAGAGCGCACAAGGUCAGACUAUUCCCGGGAUUGGGAUGACAGUCGGAGGAAGAGUGAAAGAGAUAGAAGUGUCUCCUCGGUUCGGCGUGAAGAACCCUUGAGGGAGAAACGAGAUUUGGAAGAUAAAGGAUCCGAUGAUAGAGCCGAAAAGCGUCCCCGAUUGGAAAGUGUCGAUAAGGAUGCACGUUCUAUCGCGUCUGGGCCUACCCGUGAGGAUACACCAGAGGAGGGGGAGAUAUGAUUUUUUAGAUCGCAGUCCUUCAUGUUAUCAAACUGUCGCAAUGUUCUUGUUGCUAACUGUCAUGUUAACGUGCGUUGGCGGACGUGUUGAGCUUUUUGACAUUUUCUUUGAAGAAUGGUAACGCUCGGUCC